GCAGCUCAGUCUAGUGCUAAAUACAUCGAGGCCAGGACACGCGAUCCGAGAAAGCGUCGAUUCAACCAAACAAAAACCAAGUGCCAAGUGCCGUGUGAAGAGGCCACAAACAACUAACUAACUAACUGCCUCCAGAAACUGUGCGAUUCAAACUAAGCCAACAAUAAAUAUAAAAAAGUUACCAGUGCAUCAGUGCCCGGGAAAAGACUUAAAGCAAGCAGCAGGCGAAGUGAAUAAACCAUAAACAAAACCCCCGAAAUUUAACCGAAAGCAAGGCAAAAACGAAAUUUAAGCGUCUGUGCAUAUUAAUCAGAACGAGAAACGUGAACAGGAUCAAGUCCUAGACAACUUAUCACAGGGGAUUUACGCAGACAGACAAACGCAGGACACGAAUGCGAGUGUAGAGCAAAAGGCAGCGCUAAUCAACGGCCAAACCAGACGACAUCCUUACCGACUGGCCACGCCCACAACUCCCCUUCGAAUAGGAGAAAAAAAGUAACCACCAGAAGCUUGAGAGGAGAAGAGCAGGAGCCGCCUCAUUUGGCCACUGCGGAUUAUGUUAAUUAGAUUUUAAACACGCGAUGACAACAACGCCGGGGGAGCACUUGGCAUUGUAAUGUGACAACAGUUGGCUGAGGACAACAAAACAAUACCAAAAGCGGGCCAUCAGGAGUAGCUGGAAUGCUCGCUUUUUAAUUGACAUUUGCUCGAGUUGAGUUGAGUUGCGUUUUGUUCAACAGCAAUUAGCAUCGUGGAAAAGAAAAAAAUUAAUGAAAAAAAAAACAAAACAAAACGCAGAGCAAAACACAAAGCAGCGCAAUUAAAAUUGUAAAACAAUUGCAAAACGUUGAAUUGAAAAGGGGAAACAAUAACAGACGACGACGACCCGGAAUAGAAUGAUCAAGUUGAUUUAAUUAAAAAUUCAGCAUCACCCUCGGCAUCCGUGUGCAAUGGCAUUUGAGCACGCUGCUUGAGCAAUGGCCGCCGGACCGGAAACGCAGCCAUUGCCCUCGGGCAACAUCCGCCUCUGACUGCCGCCGACACUUGUCACAUGUUUGGCCAAAAAGGCGCGCACGUGACGCCCCCGGAAAACCAGAUGAACGAACGGAUGAACGAGGAAAUGAAUGAGCUAGCAGCCAUAUUCAAAAUUGAACGUUAAACGUUCGCACGUACCGAGCAUAAAUUCCAAGUGAAAUAAAAGAUCCAAAAAAAAACAAAAAAAAAAGAAAAUAUAACCGAAACGAAAGAAACGAGGACCUCCCCAUUUAAACCACCAAUUCAAAAAAAAACGGUUGAAAGUGGGUCGCAAAAUGGUGAAAAUCGUGAACCAACACUGUGAUCUAGGCCUGGCCCUCCUCUUUGCCUGGACGUGGCUAACAAGGCUGGUGGUGGCGGCCCAUCUGGUCGACAUCCCCACCUCAUCACGCCUGGCCGCCGAGCGGGAGGAGCUGCAGUUAUCCCGGCAGGACGUGGGACGGCUCAGCUACCAGAGUAUCCAUCGCAUGCUGAGGGACGAAAACGAACCGGCCAGCAUUCGGGGGGAAUUGCGAUACCAACAGAAACGCCACAAAAGGGAGCUGGAGCUGAAUGCUCCGGCAAACAAACUUAAUCUCACCCACCGCGACUUGAGGACAUUCAAUAGCACUGGUGGUCAGUGGAAGGGCGACUGUCAGGUGAUCACAGCCAUGGAUCUGAGCAGCAAUCAACUGGAGAGCAUCAGCUUGGACAAAUUCAAUCAACUAAGGCAGCUGGACUUGGGCAAUAACUCCCUGGAGGUUAUACCCCUGAGCUUGGCCGACAACAAUAAGUCACUACCCUUUGUAACGCUCGAUCUAUCCUGUAAUAAAUUCUGCCAAAUGUCUACGAGCUUUUUUGCCCAGCGAUUGCCUCUGUUGAAACAUCUUAACUUGGCUCACAAUGAGUUGGUAAACAUUUCGCGGGAAUCCUUCUACAAUUUGUUGGAACUACAAACGUUAGUUCUCAGUCACAACAAAAUCUCGGAUAUAGACUAUGAAACAUUUUUGGCGCUACCGAAUCUGCAAUAUCUGGAUUUAUCCCAUAACCGCUUGAGUGGUUCCGCCAUCCGAGCUCUGCAGGGAAUUCCGGAUUUGGUCAGCCUUUCUAUCGCUUACAAUCCUGAUGUGGGAGUUGCGAUGCAGGAGUUCGUCGCGUCCUGGAGCCUCAAGGAGUUGGAUGCCAGUGGUACUGGAUUGUGCCAGGUGCCUGCAGCUUUAGCCCAAUCCGUGAGGACUCUCAGGUUGGCCGACAACUGGCUUAAGGCAAUUAAUUGCGGUGACAUGGACAGUUAUCCACUGCUGCAGUACCUCGAUCUCUCGCAUUCCCGCAUUGCCCAAGUGGAGGACGAUGCUCUGGGACGACUGGAGCUCCUCGAAUCCCUUUUCCUGGACCACAAUCUUCUGAUGCGAGUGCCCAGUAGCCUGCCGCCAUCGCUGGAACACUUAUUUCUGCAGCACAAUCAGAUAAUGGAGCUCCCGGCGCAGGCUUUUGUGGGAUUGGUCAAUCUGCAGACUCUGGACUUAUCCAACAACCGAUUGAUUUUCCUGCCCCCACUUUCGCUGCCCAAAUUGCUAACCCUGAAUCUGCAAUCGUCAGGAGUGGAGAGCGUUAGCCAAUCGAUAGUGCACACACUGCCACAGUUAAGGGAUCUUUUGCUAGAGGACAACCCUAUCAAGUGCAGCGAUUUGCUGGGCAUUGCCGAAUGGGCCAGUCCAUGCAGGUCAGUGGAUGUGGGUCAAUCGAAUGGGCCAAGCGUGAGUGGGCGGGUGGAUUUGAAGACGGAGUAUCUGCAGUUCCACAAUUUUAACGAAAACUUCAGUAGCCGAGAGUGUGGUAUAAGAAAACCGGAAAAUUACACAAUGCCGCCUUCUUGCAGCGUGAUAAGGGCAGCAGCAACAUCAACAACAACACCCAGAAGUAUGUCAAAAGUUAAAAAGUCAAAAGAAGCACAGGCAACAGCAACAUCAGUGGAAGUAGCGGCGGCAACAGCAGCAACAUCAGAAAAAACAGACAUACAAGGAACAUCAGCUGCACAGUCCACUGCAGCAGCCACAACAGCGGAAAAAGAAACAAUCCCAACAGCAACAUCGAGCGACACCACAGCAACACCAACACUCGCAGCAGCAACAAUGCAAUCAGCUGGCAACAGCCUCGCCCAGUUAACCACAAAAACGUUGCGGCCAACAGAAACAACUUCGUUAGCGCAACUGCAGCGUCGGCAACAAAUGCCUGGCAUGCCGGCCAAAACAACAGAAACGCCAGCAAAGAACCUGCCAAGUUUGGCCCAGACAAAGGCAACAACAGCGCUUCCCAUUUUGGCAACACGAGAUGCCGGCACAGCAACAACAGAAAUAAAUUCCGACAACCCAACGAGCAUUAGCGGUGCCACAAAAACAGCAGCAGCAUCAGCCGCUGAAAUAGCAACAACACCAGCAAUUGAAGUGCCGCAAACCAUUUUGGCCGGCAAAAAAUCUGACAAAAUGCCAGCCGAUAAGGCACAGGAGACUUUAUUAAAAUACCCAACAAGGGACACGUCUGGUCAAAUUGCAACACCACCACACAAACAUGCAACACUGCAGCUGCACGUUAAGGAUCGACAUCUAAUUGGCACACCGCUGCUGAUGCACAAGGGCGAUGUCCUUUUGGUGGAUGCCGAGCAGUUGUUGCUCCCUGGUACGGCCACCGUGGCGGAUGCGGAUUCGGAAGUUCUGGACUCCAGCCAACAACAUCAGUCAGCGGAGCAGGAAAAGCACCAGUCAGCGACUGAUAAGCGACAAGCGGAUGCAAUAAACGGCGACACAAAGGCGCCGGCGAAAAGCCACAAAAAGAAACCAUCGCUGAGCAUCAAAAAGAUGACCUACAGUACCAAGCAUGCGGCAAAAACCGUGGAGGACAUGGCAGCUACCUCGAAGACACCGCAGCACCAACAUAGCAGUGUGAACACACCCAAGGAGGCUAUUCCCGAGGAGCUGAGCACCUUUGCCCAGCUAAAAGCAUAUGUAGAGCUAAAGAGCGAAUCGAAACCGGAACACCUAAUGGAUCAGCGGGAGGGAACCCAUCACAAUCUUACAGGAAAUCAUCCCGGUGUUAUGCUCCUGGUGUCCUGCGUUUUGUUUAUCGUGCUGCUUGCCGGUCUGGCCCACGUCUACCGCUGUGAAUUGCCUUGGCAGAGGAGCAGCCGUUCUGGACAAUCACGACCGCAUCAUCAAAGGCAUCUAAACGAAACGGAUGACGCGCACAGCUUCCUGCACUAUCAGGGAUCUGUGAAUUCCAAUGGGGGAGAUCCGGCUCGCCUGCAAAAGUGGCACCACUGCACCCGGAGAGAAGCUCCCUACAGCUCCCCGCUGCACAAUCUACAAGCGCGCGAACUGCAACAGCAACGCUGCCAGCAAUUCUACAGCUCCUCUCUGGCGGACAGAAGCUCCUCCACCUCGUCUUCCUCGCCGGGAAGCAGUCGCAGUAGCCUGCACUCGAACAGCAGGGAUGACAGCUACUAUAUAGAGAUGGCACCCAGUAGUCCACCAGCAGCCAACCUGCCUAGUUUGCCCAUGGAACUCUUGGGCAGCAGGAGCAACGCCCUUGGCUGCCGGGCGGACCGAGUGGCAGCCACCGAUCUGGGCGGUACGACAGAGGCGGUACCUUCGUCGGCGGCGACCAUCAAAUCCGUGAGCAGCAGACUGAUGACGCCCAGUUCGCGCAGGCUGAACAUCUGGUGACAAACCGUGUUUGGUCAGCGGCAAUAUGCGCCCUUUCAGUAGAGUAAAAAGUAGAAAUGAAUGGAGUUCGAACGACAAUCGCCAGCUGCCAAAGUCGGGGCUAAAUGGGAAAUAUUGCAAUUCUUUAGAAUAUUAUUAAAAUAUUUCUUUCUAAUUAUUAUUUACGUAUUUAGCGAUUUACAUAAUUACGAGAUUUAAUUCCCUGCAUUCUGUGCCAGGUGCUCGUGAUUUGAAGAAAUGCAUUACCAAAUUUAGGAAGUCGUAAAACUAUAAAGUGCUCGGCCACGCAAUGUGUCCUAUCGAAUUUUUGUAGGUCGAUUCUCAAAAUAAAACUCCCAGGAACACCAAACUGGUACUACGAUUGCAAAGGGAAAACAUAAAUGCCAGCAGCUUUAGAUAUUAUUUUCAGUUGGCUCCCCUCUUGAUUUAUGAUGCCUGAGAGCCCACACAUUGCAGACCUCUUAGCGAUUCGGUUAGCAGCAACAAUUUGUCAUAAAUUCCUGUUACGUAUACGCCGCGUAGUCCAGGGCAACUAAGGCGCUCAGAAGAGGCGAGGGGCGUAGACAAGCGGCCAAGUCAAAUGGCCAAAGAGCCAACGCCAGCAAAGUUUUUACGAGCCAGCCGAAGAAGACGAUGUCCAUCUUGUGGUCGUAUUUGGGUCAGUUUACUGGCCAGGACCACCGUGUGCGGCCCAGUUAACUUUAUAUAAGUGCCUGUCCGCUUGCCAAGAUUAAGUGUUUCGAUAGUCAUGCAUAUAAAAAUGAAAUAUCGAUCAAGUAUUAAAUAACAAUUUAGUUUAUGACAGACCCAAUUCAGUAAUCAGAAGUUCAGGCAGCGCAGGCUGAGCCAGGCGAAUUAAUAGAGGAAUAUGGGUUGGUAGUAAAUUUGAUAUGGUAGUUGGAAUAUAAUACCAUCCAAAUUGGAAAAUUAGGUGUGGCUCGCCAACAGAGCAGUGGAAAAAAUAAUAGCUCCUUGACCACUUUAACUCGCUAACACUUUAUUUGAUAUGGUGAACCACUUUCGAAUUUCCAACAUUCAAGCCGAGUCCUUCCUGCUCUUAGUAUCCUUUGAGCCAUGCAGCGCUUCCAUGUUUGAUGCUUUGCCAGAUCUUAAACUACUUUCACAGCUGCUACAGAUAACAGAGUUUAAAGUGCAAUCUAAUUAAAGUUUUGCAUCCAUUCCCACCCACCCUUUGGAUGCUAGAAGUGUUUGCUAUCUGCAUUGGCAUCUAGAAUUCUUCACGCCAUUUGCAGAAGCUGGGAAAAACGGCCACAAAACACCCUCUUUCUUGAGAAUCAACCCGCACUUAACCUCAUUUUACAAAUUGCCCAACACAGCAUAUGGUGUAAAUCCAGCCAAAUGGCCAGACAUCUAAUCCGCCACGCCGAAAGUGAAAUGUUGUAAAACUAUUUGGGGGCUAUACGUACAUGUAUCUAACGGACAUCAAAAUAAUGUGGCUGCAAAUCAAAUUACAAGACACGCGGCUGGCUCUUCGGGGGUGGAAAAAUGGCUAGGGGAACGGCCAAAAGAACGUCCCAUGGACAUAGAACACAACAAUUACAUUAAGACACGAUAAAAAGUUGUGCAACAAUCUUGCAACCCCAACCACCGAACCAAGCCAACUACGCCGAACUUAGUCGAAGAUGGUACCAUCUCCUCCGCAGGGCAAACCACAGUCAUUGCACAGCUUUUUCAACUUUUUGCGGCUUUGUAAUUGGAAUACAAGAAGGAGGCGCGUGCACACAAGCGGCAGCAACAGGAAACAGUCGGAGAAUGUGAAAUACACAGUUAGAUGCGAGUUAGAAAGCACUCGGAAAAAUAAUCGGAACUUAUGGUCCACGGAUACUGGGCAGGAAUGGCAUUUUAAGCAAAUGGGAGAACAGACUUGAACUUGAAAUCCUACUGAGCUACAUUGCAUUUUGUACUUUAAGCGGUAUACUUUUUUUUUUGCUCUUAGAAAGUUUGUUCUAGUGAAGCAGAGUUCAUAUGAAAAAUCAGGUGGCGCGUGUGUACAUUUUCUACAAAAUGUUUAGAUUUAGACUUUCAAAGUGUCUUAAUAGACAUUCUUGAACAUCAUUUUUAAAGAUUCAAAUACCUAAAAAGUUUUGCAUUUAGCAAACAUUUGUGCCUACUUCCCACUUAUGUGACAAUUUAGGUAAACCAUACCAUGUUUUCCCCCAGUGCAGAUAGGUACAACUUCUUUGGCUUGGGAGAGAAUUCAAGGAGGCGUUCAAGCAGGGUCCGCUUAAGCAAUUCAGAAGGAUUUAUUUUCGGCCACAAAAGCGAAAUGCCCGACAAAGCGCUCCGAACAACAAUUAAAGUAAUGCUGACCAACAACCCCAUACGCCCGGUUGGGUGGGAUUAGAUGGCGGGGAGUCCUUUUCGGUCCAGUUGAGUGGACGAGUGGAGUGGCGUCCAAUGCCAGGACGCACAAAAUCUUAAUUAAGGAACUUCCAAGUGGGCAAGUGUCGAACGGCAGGGAAUGGGGGCAUUUUUUGAGAGUUUCGCAAGGCGAAGAACCUUUUUAUUUGUCGGCUUGCCAGCGCAGCACAAAAUUCGCCUACAAAAGAAACCCUACGGCAGAGUGACCCAGAGACUCUGGUUGGAUUUAGUCCUCGGGCAUUGUCAAAUUUAAUGAAGGUUUCCUUUUUUGGACUUUGUGCUUAUGACACUGGCCAGCUGGCCAAGAUUUAGGAAGUUUCUAGUCGAGAGGCAAGCAACUGAAAUGAGUUAAUUCGAUAUUUGACACUUUAGGAGCUCGCAUUCCACACAAUCUCGGUAUGUGUGAUGGGUUCCAGGGCUCCAGAGACCCAGGACUCUUGUCUCCUGCACAGUUAAUAAAGUUGGCCCGGACCAGGACGUAAUUAUUCGCCUGCUAAAUGGCUUUUGGACGACAUUUGGGGGCAGUAAAUGGGGGCGAUUUAGAAAAUUAUGUGAAAAUAAGUUGCCUUUUGUUUGGCCAUUGGCCGUUGGCAGUUGGCGGUUGUUCUGGAUCGUAAAUAACGUUCAUAAUUGGGCAGACUCGAAAAGUUGUGGGGCAAAGGCAAACAGAACUCGAAAUGUACAUCUCGGCCGUAUGGAUAGCAAACAAUAAUUAAACUUAAUUGCGCUGUACAUUGAAACGUCAAACUGUAAAUUAUAGUUAAUAACAUUUACUUGUAGUGGAGUUUACUUGAAAUAAACUUUUCCAUUCCGAAUAUUGCAUGUACAAUUUCCAUAGAAUAUGUAUUUAAAACUUAUCAAAACAGAGUGGAUUAAAAGUAAAAUGGAACAAAGCGAAAGCCAGGAAACUACAAUUCGAGUAACGUUAAUAUUUGCAUUUAAUUUAUCGAAAAUCAAAGUAAAAUGCGAUAAAAACCCACAAUAAAAACAAAAACUAAUUGCCAAAUAUUUGACGUACAGUUUGUAGCGAUAGCCAUUAAAACCUUUAUAUGUACGGUUACAUAUAUAUACACAUAUAGAAAGAAGGAAAUGCGAUAAAAGUGAGAUUCAUGUAGCGCAAAGCCGAGCAAAUAAUUAGUAAACAAAUACUUCUAUUUACAAAAACACAGCAAAUAUUUAGUUAAGCCAAAAAGACGCGCAGCAUUUUAAUUAAACAACAGAAAAUCGAGAGCUCUCAGAAACAGAUGCGAAAUGCAAAAACAUCCAAUAAGUAAAGGUAAACAAUAGUUGCAGCAUAAUUUUCCGUGUGUAUUUGUAAAUAGACAACUAAAACCAAAUAUGAAAAUAUAAAAAAAAAACCUGGGACAAACCAGCAAAUCAACAAAGAAUAUUGGAAAAAAAAUAUAUUUGUUGGAGGACAGUUCCAAAUACAUACAGAUAAAUAUAUGAAAUUAGUGUUAGAUUUAAUGUUGCCAAAAUCGGAGCAACAGGGGUUGGUAAAAAAAAACCAAAGACAUGU